UCAGGUUAUUUUACAGGAAUUUGAUUGGCUGUUACUUUGUAUGGCUUAUUUGAUUGGCUGUCUUAGAUCUGGGCACGUGAACUUUGUUGAAUGAAAAUUCAUGGUCAAGGUCGAUUGAAAUAAAAAUGAACUGUCAGUUCGAAAAAACGUGUAAGAAGGUACAGGAAUGAAUAUGAGCAGUUGGGAUUUUCUCUUUCAUGUGAUACAGAUUUGUGUAAGCAUCAGAUUAUAAAAAAAGGAUCGGUACAUUGCAUAAAAUAUAUAUACAUAUAAUACAUGCCGUCUAGAUACGACAGAAGAGCAGGAUAGAAAAAAUAACCAUAAAUAAGAGUUUAUGUUUGAUUUCAUAAGCAAGGCCAAACAAGGUGUCUCCAUGUUGAGGUCGGAGUCACAGAUUCCGUUUGCUAAAUUCGGAACAAUGCCUGUUGAUUUCACAUCGUAUUUAUUGGCCUCUAGUCCACCUGCAUCAUCGUUUGAAUUCUUAAACUUUUCUCAGCAUUUGGACAAUACUAGGCUGAGCUUAAAUGGAUAUGUAUACAAGGAUGAAGCAAUUGCAUCCUCUUUAUGUGCUCUGAAGCAACGGAAAUCUGAAUCAAGUAAUCAAAAAAAAAAUCGUCCAGAAUUAAAACCUAUUAUUACAAAUAUAAACAGUUCUGGGGAAGAAGAAUCAACUUCUACCGGUUCAUGCUCCCCCACACCACCAACUUCUCCAGGCAAGUCAAAAAAGAAAGUGUCUUUUGCAGAUCAUCGAGGAAUGGCACUUGCUUGUGUUAAAAUAAUGACUGAACCAUCAGAUGUUCCUCCUAAAAUAAAGGAGGAGGUUUUAGCGGCAGUGCGUCAAGGUGCUACAGCUGGUGUCUCAGACCAGCCUCCUCUAGUCAUAAACUUCCCUCAGCCAGCAUCAGAUUACUUGGCAUUUAGAGACCUUUUAGAACAGAACUGUGUGUCACUUGAAAAUGUAAUUAUUCGAGAUUACAAAGUAUUGGGAACAAUAAAAGUUAAAAACAUAUCAUUUGAAAAGAGAGUAUUUGUACGAGUAACAUUUAAUUCUUGGGAGAAUUAUUUAGACUUUGAAGGUAUUUUCCUCCAAGGUCAGCCUUCAACUUCAAAUAAUAUUGACACAUUUUCGUUUGAGUUUGAUGUUCCCACAGACUUGGAUAGAAAUUCAGUUGUUGAAUUUGCUGUAUGUUUCGAAGCAAGUUCGCAACAGUACUGGGAUAACAGGAAAGGAGAAAACUUUAAAAUAACAAUUUGCUCUGAAAGCAGUUUUGUGCCAGAUGGACAAAUAAUAGAAGAUAAACCUUUAACGAACGUUGACUCAUGGACUGAAUACGCUGCAUGGAACAAGGUUGAUACAACAAUACCAUACUGGUGAAGCUAUUUGUGUAUAGAGAUUAUAUAUAUAUUAGACAAAGUAAAGAAAAAAUUACAUUUUUUCGAAGAAAAUGAAAAUUUAGAUACUGUACAAGUACAGCACUGCAAAUGUAUCAUAUCAAAAGAUAUUUGGUUGUUUUCUUAGAUAAUGAAUGGAUAAAGCUUUAAUCAUUUUAAGUAUUUGAAUUCCGUAAUUUGCUCAUGGUUUUAAUUUAAAUCCAUUUUCUAAAAUUACAUAUAUUUUUUUACAUUUUCAUGCUCUUCAGCUUGUGAUAUUACAAAUCCAAAGUAGUAAAGUUGAUUUUUUUUCUCAUUUCAUACAAAUGUACAUGCAUAAACAAUCUAUGUUCUCAUGUACUUGUAGUUUUAAAGUGCCAUAAUUUAUGUAACUUAGCAUAAUACAUCAUGUUUCAUUACCAACUUUCAUUUUGACAAAUUUGUAUUGAAAAGCAGAGUUGAGAUUAUCUGUGCUUUAAUUAUGAUUAUGCAUUAUUAAUUAUUAUAUUGUUUCCCUCAGUAAACCCCUUUACAUUAUCUUCAGGACUUACUGAUGUAUAUUAUGUAUUCUUAAUUAAUUUGCUAACACUUGCAUAUUGCUUUGCUACAGUACAUAUAGCAAAUUGAAUUUUAAUUGAUUUUUGUGAAAUAUAAAGUCAUUUAAAGUUAUUUAAAAGAUCUCAAUGUGCGUGUACUGUUUACUGUUAGUUGUCAUCGAUUUGGCAAUCCCAAAGUUAUAACUGCCUAGUUUAUACAUGUAGAUGUUGUUGACCAGUGGUGACCACACUUGGAUGUCUUCCAAACAAACCAUAUACACCUUCACUUUUUACAUCAAUAAAGCUGUUUUUUUGGCUUCCAUAUGAUUUACUGGAAGGUUAGAAGUACAGUGUACAUAGAAUGAAUCAUGCUUAUUGAUUUUUCUGUCCUUGAUAUUAAGUGUCCUUUAUAUCAGACUGAAGUUUAAAAAACAACUUUGUAACAAUGUAUUAGCUGCCAAACAGUGUCCUUGAGUUGGUUAACAAACAAAAUAUAAGUUAUGUAUGACAAGCAUUGCGAAAAAAAAGAUUCAUUAUACUAAAUGUUUGUAAAUUAACCAUUUUUUCUAACUUAAAGAAAUCAAUUUGAGUUAUUUUAUUUCCAUUUAAGUUAUAAGUACAUUUACAUGUACAAUGUAGGUAUUUGAAUUUUGUACAUUGACAUGUAAAGUCCAUUGUGGAACAUUUACACAAAAAUGUAUAUUGUACAGUACUGCAUAUUAAAGUUCAUUGAAAUCAAAAAUUAAUAAGAUUCUCUUAAGAGAUUUACAAAAUAUUGUACUACAAAUGUGUGUCACUGUGGUCAAGUCGUUUUAUCUCAACCACCAAUCAGUAUACAUGUACAUAGUACCUCCAAUGAAAUUGCUUGGGCAUUAUACAAGUGGGUCUGUUUACAUUUUGAAAUCACAUAUUUUGGAUAUAGAUGUAUAAUGUGAAUUUACAUGUAGUUUAUAUGCAUGUACAUACAUGUAUUAUUUAAAUUUUUACAUGUUUUUAUCUAACUACAUGUAGAUAUAAUAAUAUACAUGAUCAAGGACGUAUAUUAUACAUCCUUGAAAUGAUAUAUAUACUGGUAUAUAAACGUAUAUCUAUCAAACAUAUGAUUACAUGUAGUUUUGAGAAUUUUCAGUGCCAGUAUUUGAAAGUUAUUUAUUACAAUAUACAAAUAUUGUAGUAAAAUCUUGUACAUUUAUUUUCCUGUACCUUCAUUUUUUCAGUUUCAUUAUUAUUCAUUAAGAAACGGGUAUAAAGGGCAGACAACUCUUGAAAUAUUUUAUAUUAGACUAUAUAUAUUUCAGUGACUUGUAUUGAUUUACAAGAGCUUGUUUUGUUUGUUAUGUUGGUAAAAGUGCACAUGUGUUCAUAUCAUUUUACUCAUGCAUAAUGUACAUGUAACUCAUACAUGUCAUCUUGCAAGAUUUCUUAAACCAUGUACAGUGAAAAGCUUAUUUGAACAAGUCUACAAUGUAGUCAUAAGCCUUCUGAUAAGGGCAUGUUUAUAAUGCAGGAAUAUAUUUUUUUGUAUAUUUUUGUACAAAAGUUAUUUGUGAAACAUAACUUGCAAAAAAGUAGAACUGAAUGAUUGUGUCACAGUGUGUGUAUAUGUGUUGUAUGUGUGUUAGAUAUACUAAGUUGUGUUUUAAUUUAUUUAUUGCUAACGUUGAAUAUUGUGAAACUAAUGUGUACAUGUAGCAUCUCUAAACCUUGUUACUUUCACUCAUGCAGAGCUAUAAUAUGAAUAGUUUGAUAAUCCCUGAUUAUUCCUUACUGAAAUCUCACUACCUCAUAGUUUGCUUCAUGCAUUAUCUUAACAUAUGAACCGCCAGACGCCAAACGUUUUGAAAGAGGGAAUCGGUUUUCAUACAAAUUAUAGUGUUUAGCAUGUUAGUGCUGCAAAGUCGUUUUCCUACCAAAAAUUAGGUUUCUUUUAGAAGUUGUGAAAUACAUGCAUGUGCACCUAUUGUCAUAUUGUGGUCGUUAGGAGAUGUUUCAGUGUGCCUCUGAUUAGGUUCUUAUUUAUUCAUUUGUAAAAUAAACCAUUUACAUUUUGCAAUUACAAUGUGUUUCUCAUAGAGAAAUUUUUUAAAAUGUGAUACAUUUUUGUAGCUUAAAUCAUUUUAUGCUUAUAUAUAUAUACUUAUAUAUUUCUUCUAUAUACUUUGAAUUACCACUGCAAUAUUAAUGGGAGCUGUGUGCUGUAUAAAAGUUGUUGAAAAGUGUGAACAAUCUAUUAAGAUCUGUUAUUGCAUUUUACAUUAAAAGUUGUUACAAUGUA